CGCCAUGGCCUUCUCCCAAGCCAGAUCGCAGCUCGCGUCGAUGGUAGCAGAGGCCAUCGCGUACGGUGAGCAGCGCCGCAUCAACGUCGUCGUGUUCGGCGCAGCGAUGACGCUCAUUCUGACACGGCGCGAGCGGAACAGGGUCGCGCUCACGCUGGGCGCGAUGACCGUGCUCAUGUUCGUGCUUGCGACGACGCACUUUGCAGCCGUGAACGAGUACACGUUCCGGGCGUUCGUCGACGGCUGGCAGCCCGCGUCGCGUAUCGGGGACCCUCCGCAGAUACAGAGCAUCAUAGCUGAGAUCGUCAAUUGUUCUUUGGGCGACAGCCUCGUUAUUUGGAGAGCGUGGGGCCUGUGGGGACGCAGCUAUAAAAUGAUCGUCGUGCCGACGUCGCUGUGGGUCGUUACCCUGUUGGCAGGAGCCGUCACGAUUUGGCUGACGUCAAGCCCAUUGUCUCCCAUGGCCUCUGCUAAUAAGGGCACCUACCUGGACUGGCUCGUCAUAUGGGCUACCUUGGUGCUGGCGACGAAUAUGUGGACAGUGGGUAUGAUCAGCUGGGUGUACUGGAGGUACCAUCAGGAUGUCAUCAAGGUCAUCGGAUGGCGAAAGGCCGCCUACGGGACCAUCCUUAUCUUUCUCAUCGAAUCUGGCGCACUAUAUUGCAUCACAUGGGCAACGUUGAAGAUCGAGGGCGCGCAUAUUAUCGCUCUACUGGCAUCGGAGUUUACCUGCCUGUAUCCGACGUUGAUCAUUGUUGUGGUGUGUCUCGGUCUGACCCAGCAAGACCGGAUUGACUCCGAUGUCACCCUGCCAACUGAUCAUCAAACAGUCGAGUUCGAACGGCCAGAAGACGUAAGGAGUCUCCCAGGAUUUCAAGAAAAUGCGAUGCAUUUGCUUCCGAUAACAGGGAGCACUGGUGCCGGCGAUUUACCACUGAAGGAUCCAGGGGAGUUUUCAUCUGUGUGA